CGCCUUCGCCUUCGAACGUCGUCCGUCCGCGUCGUCGCGUCGCACGUCAUGGCCUCCGCCGCGCUCCUCGCCGCGCCCGCCGCCUCGGCCUCGCGGCGCGCGCUCGCCGUCGCCGCGCGCCGAUCCCCGCGCCGCAUCGCGCUCGCCUUCGCCGUCCAAGGCGCGGGCGCGUCGAACGGAGCGCGCGAGCGCGCGACGCUCGCGCCGGUGUCGACCGAUCCGAACGUCGCCUUCUACCAGGUCAAGGCGCUCGUGCGCCCGUGGCGACUCGACGGCGUCGUGCACGCGCUGAACGAGGCGGGCAUCCUGGGCCUCACGACGUACGCGGUCCAAGGCGCGGGCGCGCAGGUUGGGAGCUCGGAGCGAUACAAGGGCACGGAGUUUACGGGCGGCGCGGCCACGGACGCGCUCGUGGAGAAGGUGUGCAUCGAGGUGGUGGUGGAGACGGCGCAGGCGCAGGACGUCGUGGACACGAUCGUGAACGCCGCGCAGACGGGGGAGAUCGGCGACGGGAAGAUCUUCCUGCUCCCCGUGCACGACGUCGUGAGGAUAAGGACGGGGGAGGUGGGCGAGAACGCGGAGCGGAUGGCGGGCGGGAGGAAGGACAUGAAAGCGAGCGCGUGACGAGAGGGAAGAGAGGCUGUAUGAAAGAAUCUUGAU